AUGCUGCACGAAGCCUCCAGCGUCAGUCAAAGUCGGAGGCGAGGAACGGUCAAUACACUCGGCAACGUCUUUCGCGCCCCCGGUGUGAUCAAUCUGGCCCGCUGCAGGCAUUGCCUUCUUCUCUGUGUUCUUCCCCAAUCUUCUCCUCCUCCACCUCGAGCAUCUCAGAUUCUUCCCUCGUGUCGCCAAGAUGCGUGCGUGUCCUGUUCCUGCAGCUGCCGUGCUGUGCCCAGCCAUGCUGCUACUGCUCGCUCUGCUAGCCAGUCCCACCACCGCUGUCGCCCUGAACACGGCGCCGUCCUGCGCGCCGGCGUCCUGCGGCGGCCUGGCCAUCGCCUACCCGUUCUGGCUCGCCGGCACGCAUCGGGCGGAGUGCGGCUACCGAGCCUUCCAAGUCUCAUGCGACAACAUGGGCAACGUUUCCCUCAAGAACUCGCUCUGGACGUACCGGAUCCUGGACAUCUUCUAUGGAAACAGCUCGUUCAGAGUCACCAACGUCGAGCUGUCCGACGGCACCUGCAACGUCGAGAUGGUCGUCAACGCCUCCUCCGACCUCGGCCUCGCGCCGUUCAAGAUUAGCCCCCAAAACCAGGAGCUCUUCUUCCUUUACAACUGCACCUGGCAGGCAUCGAAGCUGCCCCUUUCUUGGGCGCCCGUGAGCUGUACGAAUUACUCGUCCAACUCAUUCGCCUGGCUUGCUGGGAAGUACAGGUCCGACGACAUUCUGACGCCACUUCCCGGAAACUGCACGGUGUCAGUGAUGCCGGUGCUUGGAUACGAGGGGGCGAAGGGGGCAGACUAUCAGCGGCUAAUGAAGGGUGGGUUUCUGCUCGAGUACAAGGCUGAUGAUUGCGCGGAUUGCACGGAGACCGGCGGCCGGUGCCGCAUCGAUGUCAACGACGAUGCGUUCGAGUGUCAAUGCUCCGACGGCGUGUACCCGGUGAUCUGCGUACUUGUUUACAAGUCAGUGACAAGGAGUUGGAUUGAAAAAAGUCAGUGAGGUGACAUCAUUGACUUUCGCACUUCUGUUGAUUAAAAAAGUUCAGCAAACCGGAUAGACUAGUCAAACAAGCAAAUGGCAACGCC